AUGUUACAAAAAUUUGAGCAUCAAAUUGGAGGUCUUGAUAAAUUAUUAUUAACAAAUGAUGAAGCAGUAAUUGUUAAACCUUGUAAUACAGUCGAAAAAGAAUUUUACGAAACCAGUGUAUUAUAUCCAGAAUUUUCUAUGUGGAUACCUAAAUUUUAUGGAAGUUUACAAUUACAAGUUGAUCCUUUGAUAAUUAGACAAGAAAUCGAAAAACAAAGUGCAAAUGUUACAGGAGUUGAAAAUAUCCUUUGGAAAAUAAAAAUAAUAUAUAUAUUUAGGAAAUAUCUUAAGCUAGGUACUCAACUAUGGGGUGAAGAUUCUAGCGAAGAAAAAAAGCAAAAAAUGAUUAAAAGAGCUUUAAUGACUACAUCAACUUCAUUAGGAAUAAAAAUUACAGCAUUUAAGGUUUAUCAAAAAUCUAUUGAUAAUUAUAAAGAUUAUUCACGUGAAUAUGGGUAUACUUUAAAAAAUGAAGAUGGCAUAAUAUUAGGAUUAAGGGAUUAUUUUAGAGCAGAAAUAUCAAAGGAUAAACGAAGUUUGAUUAUUAAAACAAUAAUUAGAGAUCUUGAAGAACUUUAUAAAGCACUAGAAAAUACAGAAUUGAGAUUGUAUGGUGCAUCAUUAUUUUUGGUAUAUGAAGGUGACCCUGAUGCUUUAGAAGAGGCCUUGAGUAAAGAAAAAGAAAAUCUUGAAAAAAUAUCAUCAAAAUAUAUUGAUGUUACUGAUUUAAAAAUUAUUGAUUUUGCACAUUCUCAUUUCAGAAAAAACGUUGGUAAAGAUGAAGGCUGCUUAUUUGGUAUUAGAAAUUUGCUGGGAUAUCUUGAUCAAUUACUACAAGAAAAUUAA